UGAACUUCGAUCAUUUGAGGUUCUAAGUUUCGAUACCAACUUAGUAAUUUAGAUUCAGAUCAGGGAACUCAACAAUAAUCAAAAAAUAGUUAUGGAAUAAAAUGUAAUUGAAAGAAACAGAAAGAUAUGUUGGCUAAUUGAUAAUAGGAUAAAUUGAAGUUGACUGAUGAAAUAUUCGGAACAAAAUAAAGUUUUGUCGCAUCUGUAUCACUGAGUUCGAUUCUGAUCUAUAUCACUGUUAAGUUUUCAGUUAUCCUCGUGACUUACUCUAUCUUGACUACACACCAACAUAAUUACGAAAAUACAAUAUCGACACAACUACUUCAUAAGUUUGAGAGUACUGAUUAAUAGGUCCAUAAUAAAUUAACCAUAACUUAAGCGGGUACAAAUCAUAACAACAUCACAAAAGUUGUACUGGCAGGUGGUAUGUUUGAAGAGAUUACGAGUUCAUCUAAGUCUGCGAACGACAUGAAGACUCAUCGACACAACGACCAAAUAAGCUAACUAUUCUGAUGCAUCCCAGCCCCGAUAACUAGAGAGAGAAGUUCAGGUUCAGAAGAGGGAGAAUGUAUCCCUCAAGCAGUCAGAAGCAUGAACAACAACAAGCACAACUCAAGAGUAUAUAUACAGCAUAACAAUGUUUUUAAGAAACUUUACAAAAUAGUAUAUUAAAAGAAACAACGAACCAAUGACAUUUGAGGUCCUCCUAAGUGGGAAAUACGAUAUAAAGGUGAAAAUGGACACUUUUGGCGCGAAAACAAGAAAUCCAAAUUUCCAAAAUAAGACAUUUACUAAAUGAGUUCUGCGGAUCUCUAGAGGUACUGUAAUUCAAGCACUUGAUAAUUAUUAGACAAAAAUAUAAAUAAUAACUUCAGUCAUGUGGGAUGUUUCCAAAGGUUCAGCUGAAGCUACCUUAGAUAGUCAUGGGCUCAAUUUGCUGAAACCCAACUUUAUAGUAACCAAGAUAGAAAUUUUGAGACAAGAAGUGCAAUGUUAAAAGAUUUAAAUGUUUUUUGUUCGCUUCUUUUAAUUCAAUCUUGAGAUACACACUUCACAGUGUAUGAAGUGUAUGAAAUGGGUUAGUUGUUAUUCUGAAGAUCAUAUUCCGUUAUUUGUUAACUCACAUUCUAUUUAGGACAGUUUAGUAUAUAAUUAAUGUUAAGUCAAGUAAUUACAGUGUUUAUUAUCAUUCGUGUCUAGUACACGAAUGAAAUAUUCACCGAAACCAAUUCUACAUUGUCAUAAGACAUCAUGUUAAUAAACUUUUUUUCUUAUUACAAAGCCUUUCGGUCCGAUAUUGGAUGUUGAAAUAAUUUUCAAUGAAAGAGGUUCUAAAGUAAGUGUAGCAUUUUCAUCCAUUUGUAUCUAUUAUCUAUCGAUACUUAUAAAUACCAACCGUCACAAUUAUUCUCAUUAGUUUACCGGUUGAUCAGCAAACUUUCGAUUAUAAGAUACGUACUGCUGAGGGAGAAAUGAUCAAGCAAAGUAGAGUUGUCUUACGUUCUUUUGUAUUUUCAGUGAUUAUUCUUUUCUAUAGUUUGUAAUGAAUCUGUCAUAGACUAACCUGAGAUCAGUUUUUCUUUUAUCCAUUGAGGUGGAAGUUUACGUAGACAUUUGUAAAGUAGUUUGGUUUCUAACGUCUUCGUGAUCAGCUAAUUCAUUUAUUAUAUAUAUAUUCUCUUGCAAAAUGUAGCAGUAUUCUAAAAUUUGAUAACUGAUUAACAUUCUCAUGGAUAGAUUGAACAUAGGAAAUUCACCCACGUUAAUGGAUGCGGACAAUCUCAGAUAGCUGAUUCAAAUUUCUAAGUUCAGUUCACCAGAAUACUACAUAGGAUUCUGAAUCGUUUCUAUCAGAACCUUAGCAUUUGCGCCAUUUAAUAUUCAGUUAACAUAUUCAAACAUACUUGAUCUACCAGCUAAUAAGAAGAAUAAUACUCAACUCCAAAGUUAGGGAGAGAGAUUAUCCAAAUAUAUGCCUCAACGGUGACACCGCAAUUACUAGUAUCACCCAAUCAUUUCCUAUCUUGACAGAGCAGUGUGUUAGACACCUGUGGAAAUAUUUCUUCUUGACUUUUAUCCUGAAUUCGCUUCAAAAGAUAUAAAAGCCUUCAUGGAUAAACCAUGGAGAUAAGAAAAGUGAGAUGUUAAGAAAGAACCUUAACUGAGUCGCCCCGAUUUCGAUAACGAUAUUUGCAGAUGGUAUUCAUCACUCAUUCAUCCUUUCUCAGUUUUUAUUCAAAUCAGGGAGAACAGGAAAACUGUUUCGUCUGGUUUUCCCAAAUGGAAAUAAUCUUCACAAAAUAACUUCGUUCAAACGAUAAUAUUUAUGGUUUUAUGGUUACGUAUGUCAUAUAAUUAUUAUUUCAAUACCUUUUUACUUUAAGGGUUUUGGGUUUGUUACAUUCAUGAAUGCAGCUGAUGCAGAGAAAGCACGCGAAAAUCUUAAUGGGCAUGUCGUAAUGGGUCGGAAAAUAGAGGUAAAUCAUGCAACUACACGAGUUCUUACAAAGAAGCGUACUGAUAAUGCAAUCUCAGCUGGAGGAAAUAAAGCUUCUAACUUUAACAACCAAAAUAUUGGAUUGAAUAAUUACACUAGUACUUUGGCUUCCAGACCACGGAUUACUGGGACAUCUGUAGGAACUAGUAAUAGUGUUGUUGCUGCAGCAAUUUCAGCUGCUGCUGCUGUAGCUGCAAUGUCAGGUUCAGGAAUUGUCAAUAAUCAUACUUUAAAUGGACUAUGUCAUUUACCAAGUUUGCAUUCUAGUAAUUUAUCAGGAAACAAUUUAAUUUUGAAUCAGAAUAAGUCAUCAUUAUCGCCGUUAACAUCAUCUACAAUAUCUACAGUAACAUCGACAUCUAUUCCAUCGUUGUCGUCAUCAGUCUCAUCAUCAUCAUCUGCAGCUCUAGUUAAUCUUCUUAAAGCUCAACAUCAACAACAGAAUUUAGCGGCAGCUGCUACAGCGGUUGCUUUACAACAACACAAUCAAUUGAAUGGUACUAACAGUCAAAAUACUCAAGCUUUACUUGCUGCUCUUAUGCUUCAAAAUCUCAAUACUCCCAAUCAACUUAUCAAACAAUCUUUAAGUAGCCUUUCGUUUCCAUUAGAGAAUGUCGUUUCCAAUCUCCCAAUUCAAACGCAGCCACAACAAUCACAGACAACCAUGUUCAACAGUAGUAAUAGUAAUAAUAGUAACAAUAAUGUUAAUUAUGCUACUAAUAAUAUUGGUACCAACAGUCCUGGUCUAAAUCCGCUUACCAUACUCGGAAUAAAUAAUCCAAGCAUGAAUCAAUCAAAUAUUGGCUCUGAUCUAUUAUUAAAUCCUCAACAUAUUCGAUCAUAUCAAAUGCUGAAACAAACACUUGGAAAUGUAAACCCAAUUAUUCCAAAUAACCUUUCUCUUGCUACUGCUCCAUUCUUAGCUUCAAAUCUAAAUUUUCCCACACCACAAAUUGCUUUACCGCUAAUAAAUCAUUCUAAUAAUGGACAAAAUUUAAAUCUUUUCACAUCAUCUUCAUCACCAUCAUCAUCAACACCAACAUCUAUUGGAUCAUCGAUACAAUUGGGAACAAAUUUAGAUUUAAAUUCAAAUGAAACUAAAUUGUGGUUAGCUUCAUUGAUUGGUAAUAGUAAUAGUUGUAUACAAUCAGAUUUAGGCAUAGCUAAUAAUAAUUUAACGAAUCAAAUUUAUCAAAUGUAUAAAUCUAAUGCAAAUUUAAAUGAUACUACUAAUACUACUACUACUAAUAAUAAUAAUAAUAAUAAUAAUAGUAAUACAUUAUUGAAAGUUAAUUCUUUGUCAAAGACACAAUUGAAUAUCAAUGAAAAUAAAACUAGUUCAUCAAAUACAUUGACAGAUACUACAAAUACUGGUAUUUCACAAAUUCAUGAUAAUCGAAAUAAAAAUAACGAACAUACUUUAACACAAAGUCUUUCCAAUUCAAUUAACACUACAAAGAGUAGCGUUUCAAACUUAACGAAUGUUUUUUCAACACCUGGAAACACACUUACAGAUGCUAAUAAUCUAGUCAAUGUUGCUGUAUCCUCUUUGAAUCCAUUCAAUUUUGGAUUAACUCCAUUAACUGCAAUUCCUUAUAAUCUUAAUUCAUAUCUAAAUGGUACUGCUGCUGGUGUAUUGACUGAUUUGUUUAACAGUGUUCCAAUACAACAACAAACAUCAUCUCUAUCAAAUAAUUCCGCUUUAUCUGGAUUUGGUUCAGCCAAUUGUUUUUGGCCAAUCAUUCCAUCUGUAUCCAAUCUUACUGUUCCUGCUCCUAGUUUAACUACACCAUUGGUGAUUGGAAGUCAAAAUCUUUACCGUAAUAGUGCUACUACCAUACCUCGUUUCUCUACUUACUGAUGUUUACACGAAUCUCUCCCCAUAUAUAUAUAUAUAUAUAUAUAUAUAUAUAUAUAUAUAUAUAUAUAUAUAUAUAUAUAUAUGCGUGUGCAUUUAAACAUUCCGC